GAAAGCUUCUACAAAGGGGAAAGCCAAAGAGACCACAACAACAACAUUUCCCAAUGCAGCUGCCUCAGGGAACAAUGACUUCAAUAACCCCAAGAGAACAAAACUAGAAGAGCAAAACAAUGGAAAAGAGAAUAAAGCUAAUAAUCCAAAGGCUGCAGAAAGUGUGAAAGACUAUAUUCAUGUGAGAGCUAGAAGGGGUCAGGCCACUGAUGCCCAUAGCCUUGCAGAAAGAGUUAGAAGAGAAAAGAUCAGUGAAAGAAUGAAGCUUUUGCAAGAUCUAGUGCCAGGCUGCAAUAAGGUGACUGGAAAAGCUGUGAUGUUAGAUGAGAUUAUAAACUAUGUGCAAUCCUUGCAAAGACAAGUUGAGUUUCUGUCAAUGAAGCUUGCCACAGUAAAUCCGAGAAUGGAGUUUGACAUGGAAGCUCUUCUAUCCAAGGAUGUGUAUGAAUAUCAAGGGACAAUGUCUCAGAAUGUGUUUUCAUCACCGAAUGCCUCCGGAUCACCAAUUCCAUAUUCUUUUCAAUCUCAGCAUUCACUCCCAACUUUGCAAUCUGUCCAUUGUAAAGGAUCAGAAGCCCCUUUUUGUAGAAAUCAGGAUCUCACAUUGCCUCAUAUGGACACUUAUCUUGAUCCAUCCUCUCAGGUGCCUGUAUUCUUUGAGGAUGAUCUAAGUAGUGUUGUCCAUAUGGGUUUUGGCCAAAACCAGACACAGAACUUUCAUGGAACUUUAAGUACUUCUGAAAUGAAAGCAGAGCUAUGAUCCUCAACAUAUCUGAUAGCGGGAGAAAUGUUCCACUGUUCAUUAUGAAGCCCCAAUUAGGAGAGGCUUUUUAUGUGUACAGAAGAAAUGGCAGUUCAACAGUGAGAUUCUGAGCUCAAAAGGAAAAAGUUCAAUCUUUUCCAUUCCGGCCAUUCUUGAUUCAUAACUAAUUUAGUAGCAAUUAGACAGAUAAUUAUGAUUUUUGUUACUUUUUCACAUAGAAAGAUUGAAGGAAUAGAGACCCUAUUUUUGUGAUAAUUCAGAGAUGUCACAUGUAACAUAUUGUAGAUAUGACAAAUUGUGUCUCAUGGGUUGAAUUGAUUGAAAGAAUUUAAAGACUUUAUGUAACUCAUUAUAUUCUCAAGUCUCCUUUGGUUUUUAGUCACUGAUUAAAAUAAAGCAUUCAUA